AUGUCCCGUUAUUGGGAUACCCCCUUUAAGAGCAAGCUCCCCACCAAGGGACAUUCCAUGGUGGAGAUUCAGGGGAUGGGGGAGCUGGGGUUGGCCGGACCCCCAUCGGUAGAGUCUUCAGUGGCUUUUCACCUCCAUCCGAAGAUUUUGGAGGAGAUGGGAAGCCAGUUGGAUUCGGGAGCACCGAACCCUAUACUCUGGGACGAGAUUUGCGUGGUGAACGAUUUAAUUCUGCGCUCUUCCCGCGGCGCGGUACAGGGCUGCGGCCGUGUGAUGGGAUUGGCUGUGUCGGAGGUGAUGGAUGCAACGUACGACCCUACGAAGGGGUUGUUUGGUCCUGCACUUGAGAAAAUGAGGGAAACCAGCACCCUCAGGAAACAGGAGGACGAGGCGUUUAACCUCUGUUUGCCACGCAAGCAAGUGCCGCGACCAGCCUCUCAACCCGUGCGGCAGGGCUUCGCAGCAGCCGUGAGAGGGAGACCUGUGGGUGAUAGAGGUCCAAGACCGGCUCACAGUGGACAACACACAGGCCAGCGACCACGAUCUGCUGGACCUGGACCGUGGGGAAAGCAUUCAUACGCGGCGGUGGCGGCUAAAAACCGUCUGCAAACCCAGAGGAGAGGAAGAAGAAGCGUGUGGCCUGACACACAGUUAUUCCCCAGCCCUUCUCUCUCCGCCCGCGAAGAGAAGAAAGGGGGAAAACGGCCCUAUUGUGUUCAGUUCAGUAAGGGCCAGUUUGAGUUGUUCUCCUCGAGUUCUAAAAAACGAGCACAGGGGGAAUCGGCCCGAGCGCUGACGGUCGAAAUCGAUACUCUGUUAAACAAACGGGCAAUCAGAGUAGUGCCCGAGGAGGAGAGCCGUCAGGGUUUUUACUCCCGCUAUUUCGUUAUCCCAAAGAAAGGAGGCAAAGCCCUCCACCCUAUUCUGGACCUUCGUGUGUUAAACAAGCACCUGAGAAACCCCAAGGGUUUUUACCAAGUGUGUGGAAGCAGCUGUAUUCCCUUUGAGGGACAGGGGAAUAAGAAUAUUGUCUUACAUAGACGAUUAUCUCAUAUGCUCUUCGUCGAGAGAGCAAGCAGUGAAAGACGCGGAGAUAGUGUUAAAUCACCUCGGCAAUUUAGGGUUCAAGAUCAAUAUGAUAAAGAGCCGACUGGAGCCUUUUCAGCAGACGAAUUAUCUGGGGCUCAACAUAGAUUCCCUCUCGUACAGAGUAACACUGACAGAAGAGAGGAUCGCGUCUUUCACACAAUGCCUCGACCGUUUUCAGAUGGGGAAAGUGGUACCGUACAGACUAUGCUUACGAAUGGGGGUUAUGGCCUCGGUGAUUUGUGUAGUGCAGCUGGGACUGCUCCAAAUGAGACAUUUUCAGCGCUGGAUCGCGCAUUUGCGUCUGUGCUCUCGACGGCAUCUUGGCCGACCGGUGAUUAUCACUCACGCGUGCGUCAGAGCACUCAGACACUGGAAAAGCCCCGUGACGUUCAGGACGGGGAUUCCCUUAGGGGCGGUGUCAUCGAGAGUGACUAUGACAACGGACGCGUCAUUGCUGGGGUGGGGAGCGACUUUAAGGGGCAGAUCGGUGAACGGUUUGUGGCCUCCGCAGCUGACUCACAAACAUAUAAAUUAUUUGGAGUUGAUGGCAGUAUGGUUAGCACUGAAACAUUUUUUGGGCUUCAUCAAAAGCCAGCAUGUUCUGGUGAAAACAGACAACACCACGGUGGUGGCUUAUAUCAAUUGACAGGGAGGCACACGCUCUCUGCCUCUGGAUCAGCUGGCAGAGAAGCUGAUUGUAUGGGCCGAUACAAGGCUUUUAUCCCUCAGAGCGACUCACGUUCCGGGGAUUUUAAACAGGGGAGCGGACUUGCUGUCCAGGGGAAAUCCAUUGUACGGGGAGUGGAAACUCCACCCCCAGGUGGUGUCCCAGAUAUGGCAGAGAUGCGGUCAGGCUGCCGUAGAUCUCUUCGCCUCGCAAGAAAACGCUCAGUGUCCUCUGUAUUUCUCGCUAACGGACGAAAAUGCACCUCUGGGUGUGGAUGCCUUAGCCCACCCAUGGCCAGAAGUACUUCUGUAUGCUUUCCCUCCUCUGAGUCUAAUUUCCCCCACUCUAGCCAGGGUGAGGGAGCAGUGUCUUUCGUUAAUACUAAUAGCACCGCGCUGGCCGUCCAAACCAUGGGGGGCAAAGAUAAUUCAACUGUUAGCAGGGCAACCGUGGCCCCUCCCGCUCAGGAGGGACCUUCUGUCGCAGGCAGGGGGAGAAAUUUACCAUCCUCACCCGGACAGAAUAGCCCUUUGGGCUUGGCCCGUGAGAGGUGGAAUUUGAAUGCGGCUGGUCUACCGUCCGCAGUCAUUCACACCAUUCAGAAUGCAAGAGCCCCCUCUACUCGCUCCCUUUAUAGCAAUAAAUGGCGAAUAAAGUAUCUUUCUCUUAAAACGGCGCUUCUCAUAGCUUUGGUAACCGCAAAGCGUGUGAGUGAUUUACAGGCUUUAUCAGUUAGCCCGUCUUGUCUGCAAUUCGCUCCAGGGCUUACAAAGGUCGCGUUCUGUCCUAACCCAGCGUUCGUGCCUAAGGUGUUAGACUCAGCGUAUAGGUGCCCAUCUACUGAGCUGGCAGCUUUUCACCCUCCUCCGUUCUCUUCCCUGGAGGAGAAGAAACUGAACUUAUUGUGUCCGGUUCGGGCACUAUAUAUGUAUGUAAGUAGGACAGCGGGUUUCAGGUCUUGUGAUCAGCUAUUCGUGUCAUGGGCCACUCCGCAGAAAGGGGAGCCGUUAUCGCAUCAACGGCUGUCUCAUUGGAUUGUGGAGGCUAUAUCCUUGUCUUAUGUUUGCAGGGGCCUGCAGCCGCCUAAGGGCUUAAAAGCCCACUCCACACGAGGUAUGGCUACGUCAUGGGCCGUUGGAGACAUCUGCUCGGCGGCAAGCUGGGCCACGCCACACACUUUCGUGCGGUUCUAUAGACUGGACGUGUCCGAGCCGUCCUUGGCACACGCGGUGCUGGGAGCCGGAGCGUCGGUACCCAUUUAAGGCUAUAGAAAAUAGCAGGUAUGUGGAUGCAAUUCGGGAGUGGGCUAUAUCUCCCAUAGUGAAACACAGCGAAGUUAGAAAAAGAACUAUGGGUUACUUAACGUAAACCCGGGUUCUUUGAUAACAGAGUGAGGUGUUUCACCAGCACUUCCCUCCUUGCACGGGGACGGGAAGAAAUCUUUCUAGAAUGACGUAGGUGGAGGUCAGAGAGAGACGUGGUGUCAUAAGAGCUUCCGUAGUUGGUCACGCCCAAAGCGAUUCCCAUUGUGAAACACCUCACUCUGCUAUCAAAGAACCCGGGUUUACGUUAAGUAACCCAUAGUUCUCCUUCACCCCUUCUUAUACUGAAACGGACAUAUAAACACAAAAUAAUGUCAAAAUUCCCAUACUAAAAAUAAACCUUAUAAAGGUAUUAAGUUUUGGGAUCAACCAGUGCGUAGUGAUUGGUUGAAUACUGCAAGCGUUUGACGGAAAUGUAACGCCUCCUAUUUAUUCGGAA